GCUCUUCUGCGCAUGCGCAGAUGAUACCCCGUGCGUUAGCUGUAAACAGCUAGUAGUGACAAAAAGCGGAUAAAAAUGGACGCACAGAAGGAUAUACAGCCGCCAAAGCAGCAGCCUAUGAUCUACAUAUGUGGAGAAUGUCACACUGAAAAUGAAAUCAAGGCUCGUGACCCCAUCAGAUGCAGAGAGUGUGGCUACAGAAUCAUGUACAAGAAGAGGACAAAGAGAUUGGUUGUUUUUGAUGCCCGAUGAAGACGAGGAGAGAAGCAGUUUUGACUAUUGUUUACUGUUUUUUGUAGUGUAUGACCAUGUAAAUAAAUAGACCUUGGGGCUGGU